GAGCUGACGACCUGACGCACUCUUGUACCAGAGCGCAGCUGUCACCAUUACUUCAUGCUUAUUGGCCCAAGACCGAGAGAGGCAAAGGCAAAGCAAGCAAAGGCAAACAACUGGAGAGAGAGAGGGAGAGAGAGAGAGAGAGAGAGAGAGAGGGAGAGAGUUGGACCCCUGCGCUCCGCUCCAUCGAUCCGCAGAGGCGCACAGAGGAGCUUUACCGGACGUUGGCCACAAUUUUCUGCGCUUUCUGUUUUUUUAGUUGGAAUGCCAAAAGUGUUUGGAACAUGCAACUGGGCAAUUUGGUAGUGGUUGUGUUCUGCCUGUGGGGUACUGAUGUCAGCAGAGCUUAUGUUUUUCAAGCCAGUAGACCUUCAGAUGGAGGAGACAACCCACCACCUCACACUAAAGUCGUCUCAGAGUGGGUCAGCUCAGCGGGCUCCUGUAAGGGGAGAUGCUUUGAGCUGGAGGAGGCCAAACCUCCAGGAUGCAGGUGUGACAAUCUGUGUAAAACCUACUACAGCUGCUGCUCCGACUUCGACGAGAUCUGCCUGAAAACAGCGGGAGGUUUCGAGUGCUCUCAGGAUCGCUGUGGGGAAGUGAGGAAUGACGACCACGCCUGCCACUGCUCUGAGGACUGUCUGGAAAAAGGAGACUGCUGCUCGAACUACAAGUCACUCUGCAAAGGUGAGACCUCGUGGGUGCAAGAAGAGUGCGAGGAGAUCAAGAGCGCCGAAUGUCCCAAAGGCUUCAUCCGUCCUCCCCUCAUCAUGCUGUCCGUCGACGGGUUCAGAGCCUCCUACCUGAAGAAGGGCAAAUCCGUCAUCCCCAACAUGCAUAAACUCAGUGCGUGUGGUACGUCAGCGCCUUACAUGCGACCAGUCUACCCAACAAAGACCUUCCCAAAUUUAUACACCCUAGCCACAGGUCUGUACCCAGAGUCUCACGGGAUUGUGGGGAACACCAUGCACGACCCGGUGUUUAAUGCCACGUUCAGCCUGCGCACCAGAGAGAAACUGAACCACCGCUGGUGGGGAGGACAGCCUAUCUGGAUCACGUCAGAGAAACAAGGAGUGAAAGCAGCCACUUUCUUCUGGCCUUGGGUUAUUCCUCUGGAGAGGAGGAUUCUGACCAUCCUGCGCUGGCUGCAUCUGCCUGAUGAUGAGAGGCCGUAUGUUUACGCCGUCCACUCAGAGCAGCCCGACACCUUCGGACAUCGACUGGGACCGCUGAGCAGUGAGCUCGAUAACCCUCUGAGGGAGAUCGAUAACAUCAUCGGUCAGCUGAUGAACGGUCUGAAGCAGAUGAACCUUCAUCGCUGUGUCAACGUCAUCAUCGUAGGAGACCACGGUAUGGAGGAGGCUCACUGUGAUCGGACCGAGUUUCUCAGCAGCUACCCGCUCAACAUCGACGAGAUCAUGUUGAUCCCCGGCUCACUGGGCCGAAUACGACCCCGCGACCCCAAAUCCACCACGUAUGACCCAAAAGUCGUCGUGGCAAACCUGACUUGCAAAAUGCCGACUCAGCACUUUAAGCCAUACCUGAAGCAGCAUUUACCCAAGAGGCUUCACUUCGCCAACAACCGCAGGAUCGAGGACGUCCACCUGCUGAUGGAGAGGAAGUGGCACAUCGCCAGGAAAAUGCCAGAAAAAUUGAGGACUCGCUGUGGUUUCUUUGGAGACCAUGGCUUUGACAACAAGAUAACCAGCAUGAGGACCAUAUUUAUGGGUCACGGACCGAGCUUCAAGUUCCAGAAAAGAGUGCCAGAGUUUGAAAAUAUAGAAUUAUACAACGUCAUGUGUGACUUGCUAGGGUUGAAGCCGGCGCCCAACAAUGGGACGCACGGCAGCUUGAACGACAUGCUGAAAGAGCCGCCGUACCACCCGACCAUGCCGGAUGAAGUGACGGCGCCGUCACCGGCGUCAGACUCCAAGGCCGCCGUGACCUACGACCUGGGCUGCAGCUGUGACGAUGAGAACAAAGUGGAGGAGAUCAUUGAAGCCUUCAGUCCUGCACCGGAUGGAAUCUACAGUUACAACAAUACACACCUCCCGUUUGGUCGUCCGGCCGUGAUGUUCGACACUCGGUACAGUUUGCUUCAUCACGUGGAGUUCAUCAGCGGGUACAGCAAAGAGCUCGCCAUGCCUCUGUGGACAGCAUACACACUGCCGCGACAGGAGGACUUGACUCCGGUUCCGGAGGUUUCCCCGAGCGCUCAGUGUGUCCGAGUCGACUCCAGAGUGUCGGCCGAUCACAGUCAGAGCUGCACCACCUACAACCAGAACGACGAGCUCACCUACGGCUUCCUCUUCCCUCCGGAGAUGGCAUCGUCUCCAGAGUCCAGAUAUGACGCUUCGCUCAUCACCAACACGGUCCCCAUGUACCCGGCCUUCAAGAGAGUGUGGAGUUACCUGCAGGGCACGCUGCUGAGGCGUUACGCGGAGGAAAACAACGGAAUCAACGUCCUCACGGGACCCAUUUUUGACUUCAACUACGACGGCCUGCGAGACACCACGGAGAAGAUAAAAGAGUUCUCGGCUGACGGCCCGCUCGUCCCGACCCACUUCUACACGGUGGUGACCAGCUGCCAGGAGGUGAACCAGACCGUGGAGGAGUGUGACGGGGCGCUGCGAGUGUUUUCCCUCCUGCUUACACACAGACCAGACAACAGUGAGGCAUGCAAUAACGCCGACGAUGAGUCGCAGUGGGUCGAAGACCUACUGAAGCUCCACACGGCACGAGUCCGAGACGUGGAGAUCCUGACGGGUCUGGACCUCUACCGGUCUACCAACCUCACCUAUAUCAGCACCCUGAGCCUAAAAACCUACCUGCACACCUUUGAGAGUGACGACUAGACGCACACACAUACAGGAUGUAACCCUUUGUAGAAGUUCUGCAUUUUCACUGCAUGCUCUCUGGACAGCCAACGCAUCGUUGUUCCACUCCUGAGGAACCGUCCGAGAAGCGCUUGGAAAAGGAAACACAUUUUUGAAAAUUGAAAAGAUUAAAAGAAUGUUUUGGCAAGUAGUACUUUGGAAGAUUACAACAGGAAUAUACAACAGUAUCCAACAAACAUUGGAAAGAAUAGGUUAGCACAGGAAUGAUGCAGGAUGUGGGACUUUUCUCAACAGCUGCCAGAACACAUUUCAUAAAUCCAUCCAUUCGUCUUCAUGCCCACAUCAAGGACCGCAUCACUGUUUUAGCCCAUUAACUAUGAAUAAUAAUACUUUGUAUUCGUACUGACCAUCCGUUGCAUGCUGUAGAGUUUAAACAUUUUUGAAUGUGUUGUUUCUUACUCAUAAAAAUCACUUAUCACAGUCUCUCUUUUUUUUUCUGUGAGUUCUAAUGUCACUGUGAAGUAACACACUCGAGGACUUCUCAUAGAAAACCGCCCUCACACUAUUUCUGAUUUCAUUUUCAGGCUGUGUGGAAAUAAGUAGAAGCCUGAAAAGUGCAUACACAAAAGUUGGAAAAAUACAUAAAAACAAAACAGUCAUCUGCAUUUGGAGUUAAUGGGUUAAAACAUGCAACAUCGCUGGUAUGGUCCAACAAAGGAAUAGUUUGACAUGUUGUGAAAUACAUUUAUUCUCGUUUCAUGCUGCUGCUCACAGCAACCAGCACAAGAAAAUGGUUGUAAGUGGAUUUCACAAAAUCAAACUUUUCCAAAGUCAAACUUUAAAACCACGAACUGACUGACUGAGUUUCCAUCAGUCGUGCCACAACAUUUCAUUCAGUUUUCCCAGAAAUGGUCAAAAGUUAAAAAACAAAAACAGGAUGAAAACACACUCUCUGCUUUCGUAUCCUCCUCUCGCUCAUCUCUCUCCCUCAGCCUGUCUCAGCUGAUCAUCUAGGUGUAUAUUUUUAUACAAUUUGUCAUAUUUAUUACACAAAAUCUAAGAAUAACAGCACCUAGUGUUACAGUAUUAAUCCAGUCAUCCGACAUAGAUAGCUGGCAAGGAGGUGACAAGACUGAUACUGCCUUAAAGGAAAGUUAUUUUUUUAAUCUAAAUGAAUAUGGAUCUUAUUUUCAUACCUUCGGUUACAUU